UAAGUAACUAACCAACUUCAUCAAAAGUAACUAAAGUAACUGACUCCGUAAAUGAUGAUGACAUCCAAGACCAGCCAAAGUUGCAGCCAGGGGGGGGGCCCUGCCUGACCCAUGCAUUGCAUCUCCUGCAAACAGAAGAAUUACCGCCCCGUUUCCGCUCCAGCCGAUUCUCAAACUUCUUUCCGACUGCAGUCACACACACACAUACACACACACACACAUUCUUUAGUCUUUGUAUCUGUACUCGUACUCGGGCACACCCUGCGAGUGAAAUUGAAAUUGGAUAAUUACACAGUAAUUAUUAUCAUCAAAUCCUGCUUGCCCCCUUUUCUUUCAAGAAGUAUGUACCCAAGGAAUAGUGGAGAUGAGUCUUGCCCCCCUCCAUCCGGGCACUGGAUCUUCCCCCAUCCACAAUCCACGGAACUCGCCCUGUCAUCACGGCUCUUAGUCAUCCAAUCUCGCCCUGUUUUCCAACGGCCCCAAAAUACAUACACACACAGGAACUUAUUGCACGGCUCCCCUACGUUGCUCGCAGAUCCAACGGACCUAAACGAAGGGAAAAGGCAGAACAAGGCAUCUCCAGCGAUCACACACCCCCAGUUUGGUCUGAUGCUAGACCUGUUAGGUGGCAUGGAUGUAUCCACGUGAUGGAUCAACAUCGCGGCACAUCGAUCACUCCACUACCUUCUCUCCUGUGCUUUGCUGUUCUUCCUGGAACCCACCGGGGUCUAAUUACUCACUCACGCCAGUGACUAUGACUAUACAAUCCGUUCAUUCCCACUCCAGUCUCUAUCUGUAUAUCGACUCGCCUAUGUUCAAUCAAUCAUCAUCAACAACAUCAUCAUC